AACAGAUUUCGCCUUUCGCCCUCGGGAAUAGAUUCGCAAGGCUCAUCUGUCUGCCUAGCUCCUGACCUUGGACCAGAUAGCAGACGGUGACGGCCUGCCUUGCUGGGCUGGCCGCGCUGGAAGCAGGCACAUUCAGCCAUGAGCCUUGUCAGAAUGCCUCCCACGCGAGACGAGUUUGAGACGGAGGAUGAGACGCUAGGGCUGCGAUCGGGCCAGUCCUCCCCCCCCCGCGGGCCCCUCUGCUCCUACGUCGCCGCCACGGCUCUCUUGCUGCUCGGCUGCGGGCUGGGGCUCGCAAUCAGCGCGCUGCUCUCGCUACUCUUCCCCUCCGCCUCCCUCCGCUUCAUCUCCGCCAACGCCCCCCCCGACGCGCUGGCGGAUGCGCAGGCGCAAGUGGCGUUCCUGGUGGUGGGGGACUGGGGGAGGAACGGCGACUACAACCAAUCCAUAGUGGCGGAAUCGAUGGGCGAGGUAGCAGCAGCGGUGGACAGCAGCUUCGUGGUGUCGACGGGGGACAACUUCUACGACGACGGGCUGCAGGAUACGGCUGACCCCGCCUUCGCCUCCUCCUUCACCGAGAUCUACCAGGCGCCCAGCCUGCAAACGCAGUGGUAUGCGGUGCUGGGCAACCACGACUACCACCGCAACCCCGACGCGGAGACGGACCCGGCGCUGCGGCAGAGGGACCCGCGCUGGCGCUGUGAGAGAAGCUACACUGUGGUGCGCGACUCCUGCCCCAAGUUCCUGCACUCCGUGUGCAACCCGGUGCUGCAGCUGUUUUUCAUCGACACGUCCCCCCUGGUGGCGGGGUACUGGCGCGGCAAAGAGCACGAGUUCGAGAAGCUCAACUUCACGGGCCUUCCGGACGCCUCCCUCACUCUGCACUACCAGCUCACGCUGCUGCGAGCAGCACUGGCAUCAUCAACUGCCACGUGGAAGGUGGUGAUUGGCCACCAUCCCAUCCACAGCACCGGCAGCCACGGCAACACGCCAGAGCUGUUAAAGUUCCUCUACCCCCUGCUCAAGAGGUACAACGUGGACUUCUACAUGAACGGCCAUGACCACAACCUGGAGCUUUAUAAGGACACCAACAGUAGCAUGUUUUUUGUCACGAGUGGAGGUGGCUCCAAGGUGGAUCGGAAUCGCACAAUAACCGGAGACAACAACUCCAUGUUUUAUCACUCCCGACAAGGCUUCGUCUCUGCAAAAGUAACGCCCCAAUCCUUCACAGUCAACUUCCAUGAUAUGUUUGGGGCCAACCUCUAUACAAUGACGACCUCGAAGAAUCCUCAGUGAUGCCAAACAAACAUCAAUUUGUGUUAUAAAUUGUAUUUAACCGACUAUCAAUAU